GGCCGCCGCCUCCCGCACUGCCGCCCCCCGCGCCCGUUUGGCUUGUUGGACUUCAAGGGGUACGCCCAGAGCUUGUACAUGGACGCCGAUCUCAUGGCGAAGGUGCCCGACCACAAGAAGAGUUGCGUCGCGGCGUUCAAGAACGACGCCUGCGAGGCCCCCUUGUGCGGCCAGCUCCUCUUCGCGUACGAGUGGUUGGCGAAGGACCCCGACAUCGUGGCUUCGCUGGCAGGUCGGCCGCUGGCUCUUGGACACAGGCGUGGGCAAGACCAGCGUCGACACCAGCGACCCUGGCGGCGUGCGGGCGAUUCAGCCCGCGCUCGCCGUGCCCAACGACAUGGACCUGCUGCGGCGGCUGCGGCGCCUGACCCAGGCGUUCUUCCUGCGCUACCUCGACCGCGUGACGCGCGAAGAGCCCAUGCACGAGGACGGCGAGGCCUCCCAGGAGGCCACCGAGAGGUCGCCGAAGAACGGAGAGGCCGUCCCGAUGCUGGGCUUCGAGUUCCACGACGGGGCGUCACGGCUGGCCGUCGCGCGCCAAAG